GUCUUCAAAGACACUUCAUCGUUCGUGGCAGUACCCAGAGACGACCAGAAAAAUCAUAAACCGCAGUUCCAGUUUAACUCAUUUCGCCUUAAAAAAAACAAUCGAAUUGAAUUUUGAUUGAGAUCGUCGAAGAAAGAAGAAGAAGAAGAUGGAAUAUCUUGGUAUCGAUUUGAGUUGUGCAAUUGGAUCUCUUCGUAACGGAAACAUCCCUGAAAAAGAUUGCUUGCUUCCUCUCAUUUCCAAACUCCUCGGUUACGCCAUCGUUGCCGCUUCCACCACCGUCAAACUCCCUCAGAUUUUGAAAAUUUUGAAGCAUCAAAGUGUCAGAGGACUUAGUAUGUUGUCGUUUGAGCUUGAAGUUGUUGGAUAUACCAUAGCACUGGCUUACUGUCUUCACAAAGGCCUGCCUUUUUCAGCUUAUGGAGAAUUGUUGUUUCUUUUGAUCCAAGCUCUUGUAUUGGUUGCCAUAAUCUACUACUAUUCUCAACCUAUUAGUACAGUCACAUGGAUUCGGCCAUUGAUAUAUUGUGCUGUAGCACCCACAAUCUUAGCUGGUAAAAUUGAUCCUGUCCUCUUUGAGGCCUUGUAUGCAUCGCAGCAUGCAAUAUUUCUGUGUGCAAGGAUCCCACAAAUAUUCCAAAACUUUUCUAAUAAAAGUACAGGGGAGCUCAGCUUCUUAACUUCUUUUAUGAACUUUGGAGGCUCAAUGGUUAGAGUAUUCACCACCAUCCAAGAAAAUGCCCCAAAAAGCGUUCUACUGGGCUAUGGAAUUGGUGUUGCAACGAAUUUUACAAUCUUGAGUCAGAUAGUGAUCUACCAAAAGCCCCAGGCUGCGAAAGAGAAGAAAGUGAAAUAGAAGAACUAUAUGGAGUUCUCCAUAUUCCUUCAUCCUGUUCAACUCUCAACAGGUGCUGCUGCAUGCACAGGCGAUACACAGAAUUUUAUCAGUCUUAAAUUAACCCACUGAACUUUACGGAUUUUCAUGUGCUGAUGGGUGGACCAUUUUAUGGUAGCCAAGGGUGCAUAAGUAACAGGUGUAUUUUGUCAUCAUAUUUUAGAACCUGUAAUUCUUAUGCAUGAUUAUUUUGUCGUUGUCAAUCACGUGAUAAUUUAAAAGAUGCCUGCUGGUUCGUUGUAAGAAUAUCUUAUCGUUCUUGAUUCUCUUUAUAUGUUUAUGUGAUUCAUUACUCACUCAAGCUAGUUGGUCCUUGUGGGAUGAA